GUUGGACAUUACAGAUCUAGAUAUAGCUUAUAUGGCAAUUUUUGAAGAGGGAAAUCAUGAAUAUAUGAAAGAACGAGAAAACACGGAUUCCGAGCGAAUCCCUAUUCCUCAACGACUUUAUACAUCAUUUUUGGAAUCUGUAGAGUCGGAUGUGAUGGAAUAUUCAAAUCACAUUCGUCUCUACCGUCAAUUAAAGCAAGAGCAAUCAAAAUUAAAGAAGAGAAUCGCUGAAGAACGAGAAGAAGCCGUAAGGUUAAAGCAGGAACGAGGGAAACUACAAGCCGAAUUAGUGGUUCAGCGAGAGAAGAAUGAAGAAUUGCGCAAAAAGCGUGAUGUACUGGAGAAAGCGGAAGACGUGAAGAAGCGAGUGAAGCAGAUGAUUUCCAGGAAUGAAGUCACAUGGGCGGUUCCCGAUGUGCCGCUGUUGUUACAUGGCAACUCGGCAGAGCUUUUGGACGCAAUUAAUAAAUCAGUUGAAAAGAAAAUCGAAAAAUUAAAAGAAGAACAGAAGUGGACUGUUUGUUGA